CUGUGUCAGAGGAGAUGGAGGAUCUCCUGGGAGGGCCUGCAGGUGCCCUCGUGGAAGCAGCUCUUCCUCACCCAGGCCAGGCGCGAGCACUGCAUGAUGAGGGCCCAGCCGCAGGACUUUGCCUACAGGGAGGCCACGGGCGGCCUUGGAAUCUUGGGACCUUUGGCUUAUUUCUCAGGAAGUGACCCUUCCAUGAGUGGACAGAAGCCAGUUAUUUGCACGGUGUCUUCAAGGCACAUGCUCUAUGCCUGGGAUGUGCAGGAGGGCGUUAUGAUCUGGUCCAGCCCCGCCCAGCAAUGCCACAUCAAGUGUCUGGCGACCCUGCCGCAGAGAUCGCUUGCAGUCACCAUGGAUGCAUGGAACACCAUCAAAGUGUGGAACUGUCGGGAUGCGAACCCUCUGGCGACGCUCACCAUGAGCACUUGCUGCGUUUCCUUGGAAGUCUUCCUCACGGAUGGCGGCGCCUUCCUGCUGAUCGGUGACUUUUACGGGGACAUCUACACACUGACGUUGCCUGAGUUAAAGAGCAUUUCUCACGUGAAUGCAUUGGAGUGCCCUUUGGACUAUCUGCACAGCUCUCCCAACAGGAAAUGGAUCUUCGCCUGCGGGACCCACCUAGGCGUAUUGCCAAAGGUGUUUCUGGCGGAGUGCUUACUGAGACCGGCCGUCGGCAGGGCCCCUCUGUUCGUCUCUCUGCCAUUUGCAUUUUGCAGCCAAGCCCGCUGGGCCCUGAUGUGCGUAAACAGGCUGACAAUUAUGUUCCAUAGAGACAUUUUGAGGACAGGGUUCACCACCUUUGAUCUGACAGCUGAGCACACUGGGGGCAGCACAGCCAUCGAAGCCCGUCAGAUUGCAAGCUUCAUGCUGUCACCUGGUAUGUUUGUUCCUGCUUGGAUGGGAGUCCGUGACGGAACCACGAUUGUCUUUGAAUGCGGUCCACGCCUGUUUCUCUUCACCAUCGAAGGCCUCCUGCUGACAGAAUUUUGUGACCACGAGAACAUCAUCUGCUACUUAUGGACGGACUCUGUCCACGUCCUCACCACAUCCAGGGAUAACUACCUGCACCUGUACAUGUGGGACAAGGAAGACUGGCAUCCGAGCCUUCAGAGCUGCUGUCACCUGGAGCUCAGAAAGGGUGACAUUAGGCCAAACUGCUAUGACCCCAUAGCGAUCUGUGACAACACGAGCAUAGUGUGUGUGGUGUCAAAGUGUGGUGGAGCCACCGUCCUGGUGAUGUAUUCUUUGAAUAUGUGAUACGGAAACUAAUGCAGUUCACCUGGCAUCAACUUCCUCGUUGUAGUAAAGAGAAUUCUAUUUGCAAACCCAGAAUGAUUAUUUUAGUGAUAUUAAAAAAAAA